AGAAAAUAAAAGUCAUAGGAAGGACAACAACAACAACAAUAACCACAACAACAACAACAACAACGACAUCAACUCGUUUACUGAUUGGUCAAUUUGAGAGUAAGAAAAAUAAGAAGAACAAGAAGAACAAGAAGAAGAAUAAGAAUAAGAAUUGAUUAUAACCAAUACCAAUUGUGUAUUUCACUCGUUUUUUUUUUUAUUUUUUUAUAUUCAAUCUAGUCAAUAUUGAAUAUUAAAUAAAUAAACAAUUAUUUAUUUGUAACCAUUUCAUACAAAUAAAAGUGAUCAAAUUAAUUUAUUUGACAAAACAAACAUUCAUAUAAGUAACUAUCAAAUCAAAAUAAACAUUAUAUUACAAUUGAAUAUUAGAAACAUUAGGUGAUCACAUUUAUAUCAUCUCCAUAAAUAUACAUUUUGAAGUACUUCAUUUGUAAAUUGGAUGAUAAAAUAUGCCUUCACCUACAACACAAUCAGCCAAUGUCGAUAAUGGUUCGAAAUGUGAUGAUGCAUUGAAUAAUGGCAAUGAUAUUGAAUUCUUGAAAAAACAUUUACCACAUGUGGAUAUCGAAACUGGUUUAAAACAUCGCACAAUUCAAAGAGAUCCAAUUACCGGUCUUGGAGCAUUACCAAAAGAACAUGUUGAACUUGGACGUACAAGAAAUGCUUCAACUGGUAGACCAGCUUUCAACACAACAUUAAUCUCAUGGGAUGUAGAUAAUGCAACAGUAUGUAAGAAUAAUGGACAUACAAUUAAGAAGAGUAAACAACCAACACGUAAUCCAAUCGCUUUAACUGGUGAUCUUGGUGAUGAAGUUGAUAGAUUACGUACAACUAAUGGUUCACGUAGUGGAACUCCUAGGGAACCACAACGUGAUCCUAUUUCUGGCAGAGGAAAUUUUGGUGAUCGUGAAUGGGAUCCAAUUGGUAGAUAUAAUGGAAAAACUAGACGAGCCAAAAGUUCUACUGGUAUUAGAACUAAUCCAUUAACUGGUGAAAAUGUGAAAACUUUCACUGUUAUGGCAGAGGAAAGAUGUACAAAUAAAGAAAAUGGUCUAUCUAAACGAAAUGUUUCUACGAAGAAUAUUUUCACUGGAGAAAAUUGUGAAAAUUACACAGUUUCACCUGAAUUGAAAUCUCCUAUUAAACGUGUACAACGAGAACCAUCACGUAACGCUAUAACUGGUGAAAAUUGUGCAACAUAUGAUUAUAAUUCUGAAGUGAAAAUAUCAAAAAAGCGUACACCAGUCAAAAUUUCAAAUCCAUUGAAUGGUGAGAAUGUUAGCGCUUUUAUGGUAUCUCAAGAAGAAAGACCACGUACAGCUAAACCUUAUGUAUACAGGAAUACAGUGACUGGUGAAAAUCUUCAAAGUUAUAAAAUAACACCAAUUGAAAGAAAUGUUACUCCUAGAGUGGUUAAAGAUCGACAAAAUCCAUUAAGUGGAGAGAAUGUUGAAAGUUACACUUAUCGUUUAGGGGAAUCUAAAAGAACUGUCAAGAAAAGAGAUCUUAGUUCACCAUUAACUGGUGAUGGUUCACGUGGUCGUUCAUAUACAAUAUCUAUUGAAGAAAAACAUUUAUCACAACCAAAUUUAAAUAUAAAUGAAACAGAUUCAAUACAUCGUACAUUAUUAUUAUCAUCAUCAUCACCAUCAUCAUCAUCAAAAUCCCUACGAAAUAUAUUAACAGGUGAAAAUUGUAUUACAUAUAAUGUAUGUCAAGAAAUGAGAAGUGAAAAAAUUGACAAUACAACAAUAAUGAUGAAUGGAAAUUCAUAUAAUAAAAAGUCUUCCUACAAUAUUAUAACUGGUAGUUAAAAUGAAUGAAGAACCCAUCCCACCCCACCCCACCCCACCGCACCCCACCGCACACCACACCACCCAUCCCCCCCCGCCAAAAAAGAAACGGAAUAGAAUAACAAAUAAUAGAAACCUCAACAACUGUAUGGAAUGUUCAAUGAAUGAUGAUAAAAGGUCUGAUCAGCUGUUUAUAAGACAAGUAGACAAUAGAAAGUAUUCAACACAAUAUCAAAUUUGCUUGUCUAUCACUUACAUUGGCUAUUAUUAUUCUUAUUCUUACUAUUCAUAAUAAACGAACUAAGCAAUGUAUGCUAAUGCAUUUUAUAACUAAAUCUAUACUUUAAUGCUUAGUUAGCUAAUACAAUUUUUAUGCUUAUCAAAUUAUAGACAUUUAUUCAGUUGAUUAUAUUUCUUUUAAGUAUUAUAUUCAUCCAUUGUAUUACGUCAUCACUAUUGCCUUCCGCUUCAUCAUCACCAUCCUCAUCCUCCUCAUCAUCAUCAACAUCAUCAUCCUCAUCCUCCUCAUCAUCAUCAGCAUCCUCAUCAACAUCAUCAUCAUCGUGGUUAUCAUUCUUAUCAAUCAUUCAUAUUGUCGUUGACCAUAUCUUCUAAAGAAGAAUAAAUAACAUAACUCUCCUUCAUUCAAUGGUACACCAUGUGCUUUUCUUUUUUCUUUUCGUUGCGUUUUUUUUCACCUUUUUCAUAAUGUUUCUUUCUUGAAUUUCAUAAUAAUAACAAAUGUAAUUAUCAGCAUUUUGUAUUUCUCCCAACCCAACACCAUCCCCUCCCACCCCACCUCACCUCACCCCCUCACUUUCACAUUCACACACACACACACACUUUAUGUGUCUUAUUUGCUCUCAUUUCAUUAAACCUACUUGAUUUAUAGUUUGCUUUCAAUGCUUUUCUAUAUAUAUACAUGAAUAUGAGCUAUCCGUUUGUUUGAUUAAAUCAUCACAUGUGCUUCAAUGAAUAAUGGAUAAUAAGAAAAAGAAGAAGAAGAAGAAGUAAUAACGUUGAAGAUUAUGUAAUAUGACAUUUCAUGACAAUAAUAUAGUGAAUGUUAUGUAAUCUAUUACUAUUUCUUCCAUUCAAUGUAGACUACUUAUGAUUUAUAUUAAUAUAAGUUUAUAUUUAUAAGCAAA